AUGAAGUUAAACAUCUCAUAUCCAGCCAACGGUACUCAAAAAUCUAUUGAUAUCGAUGAUGAACACAAAUUACGUGUUUUCUACGAAAAAAGAAUGGGUCAAGAAGUUGAAGGUGACUCAGUUGGAGAUGAAUUCAAAGGUUACAUCUUCAAAAUCACUGGUGGUAACGAUAAACAAGGUUUCCCAAUGAAACAAGGUGUUAUGCACCCAACCAGAGUUAGAUUAUUAUUAUCUAAAGGUCACUCUUGUUACAGACCAAGAAGAACUGGUGAAAGAAAAAGAAAAUCCGUUAGAGGUUGUAUUGUUGCUCAAGAUUUGUCAGUUUUGGCUUUGUCUAUUGUUAAACAAGGUGACAAUGAAAUUGAAGGAUUAACUGACACCACUGUUCCAAAAAGAUUAGGUCCAAAGAGAGCUAACCACAUUAGAAAAUUCUUUGGUUUAACUAAAGAAGAUGAUGUUAGAGAUUUCGUUGUUAGAAGAGAAGUUACUAAAGGUGACAAAACUUACACCAAAGCUCCAAAGAUUCAAAGAUUAGUUACUCCACAAACUUUACAAAGAAAGAGAGCUUUGAAAGCUAAAAAAGUCAAGAAUGCUCAACAACAAAGAGAUGCUGCUGCUGAAUACGCUCAAUUGUUGGCUAAGAGAUUGCAUGAAAGAAAAGAAGAAAGAGCUGAAAUUAAAAAGAAGAGAGCUGAAUCUUUAAAGAACUAA